UACGAAGGAGUGUUCGAACGGCAGCCAGCCAUCCUACUGCGUAUGGCGCCGGAGGAAGCGAAGGAGUUUUCCGAAGCGUACCAGAAGGAGCCCUACUGGGAGCAGAGGUGGAAGAACGCGAACUCCGAUUCAACCACGUUCACGCCAGGACGUUGUUUCUACCGAACAGAAGACGGGCUACUCUUUUUCCUCGACGCGGAUUACCUGCCGCGACUAUGCGUCCCUGACCGCCUGGUACCACGCAUCCUCAGGACAGCACACAAAGAGCCAAUGGAGUGCGCCCACGGA